AAAGGUCCUUUAACCUACUAGGACCUAGUCCGUGAGUUUCUUUAGUAACCAUAGUAACCGCAGCCUCAUGCGCACUUUACGUAGAGCCGUGCGCUCAGCUCGCCGUCUGCUGCUGCACACUGUGGCCGGAGUGAUCAGCAUGUGUGCAGGGGUGAGCGCCGUGCAUGAUGCCCCCUCCAUGUUUAGGCUCCUGAAUGUGCCAGGGACCGAGCCGGCCAAGUGUAACGACGUGAUGGUGAGUCUGCCCCGGAGCAGAGCUCAGAGGCCGCAUCAUGUGGUCUACUUCCCGGGAGACGUGCAGAAUUACCGGGAUAUUAUGGCGAAUCAUGCAGAGAAUUUUCGCUGGAUGCGCUGGAGCCUGGAAGAUAUUUCUGCCAUUCUUUCUGAACGAUUUCCCGCCAGCUACAUCUGGGUAGUAAAGCCGUCGCGCAUGCACCUGCACAAAUUCAGCUGCUACGACCACUUUGUGUCCAGCAAUAUGUUUGGCGCUCCGAAGCACAGCGCAGAACUGGGAGCUUUUAAGCAGCUGCACUCGUUGCUUGUCAAUGCCUUCACCAUGGCUCAUAACCUACUUCUCUCUGACAGCAAUAAGUACAUCAGUAACAGAGACUACAGUCGUUCCACGUAUUCUACCAACGGUUGCCAUUCUGAAGAAGGGGAGGACUCUUGCUUCUCCAAAGACCCUGCCGUUUACCUCGGUCUACCGUCCAUGAAGGGUUCGCUGUCGUUCACUGUGAUUGGGUUCAGCAAAGGCUGCGUCGUGUUAAAUCAACUGCUCCAUGAAUUGCAGGAAGCCAAAAAAGAUAAAGAGAUCAGUUCUUUUCUUGCCAACAUAGAAGCCAUGUAUUGGCUGGACGGAGGCCAUUCCGGAGGUAGCAACACGUGGGUAACGUGCCCGAACAUUUUAAAGGUAUUUGCCCAUACAGGGAUUGCAGUUCACACUCAUGUCACUCCAUAUCAAGUAAGUGACUCUAUGCGUUCUUGGAUCGGGGAAGAACACGGAAAGUUUACAGAACUUCUUAAAGGUUAUGACGUAAAGGUUGGUAAUCAGUUCCAUUUUGCCUAUGAGACACCUUCAUUGGAUAACCAUUUCCGAGUCCAUGAAAUUUUCUGAGCGGCGGACCAGCCUCCAUCAAUGGGAGCCAAUACCCUGCAGCGUUUCUUAGAUCUCCACACCAUAAGAAGCAGUCUUCCUACAACGUCCAUGUGCUGCAUGCUCCAUUGGUGGGUCUGUGCUCAUGGAGUUGCAGACGUCAAGAAUCGCCAACAUGUAUUGUAUCAGGAACACAUACUUUACGUACUUCAUUACAUGGUGAGAAAUGUCAGACGUAUAUUAAUACAUGCACUUUAGGGCUUACAAGGACUUCAGCUAAUGAAUACAGGAAACCUCUCAACUAUGCUCUUAUUGCUAUUAUCUCUGUGGUUGCUGUUUUAUUAGAUGGAUUAGAUUAAAGGAGUUAUCGCAUCAAUAUGUAUUUAUCACCUGUCCACAGGAUAGGCAGUAAGUAACGCAUUACAGGGUCCAGCUACUGAGGACCCCGCCAUCCUGAAUGCACGUCUGUCCACUGCGCCAUUCUUUUCUGUGGGACUGAAGGAGCACUGUCUACAUUAGUCCCAUAGAACUGAAUGGAGCAGUGAGCCGUCAAACACAUUACCGUCCUAUUCAGGGAGGAGACUCGGGACCCCUCAUUCUCAGGAUGACAAGGGGAUCCUCAGUGCAUUAUGUCUCAACUAUCCUUUGAAUAGAUGAGACAUAAUUUUUGUGGGAUAACCCCUUUAAGGACAACACCCAGGUGCACUCACCACUUCCGCAUUACAGCAAUUCCCCUGUAUACUACUGGUAUUGGAAUCCUUCUUUUUACUUUGCCUGCUCAUCCAGUCAGAAUCCAGACUGCUGCUCACAGCAGCUUACAUUCUGCUGACAGUUUCUCCAGCAAUAGAGAAUUAUUGGAUUAUCCUGCGCUAAUGUCGGUUCGCUAGCCUACUGGGAGAGUAGUUUCUGCAGUUGAUGUGUCUCUGGAAAUUGCUGUAUAUGUAUCUUUGUGAUACUGCCAAAAUCUGUGUAUGGGGCAGUGGCAUACGGCCAUGGCAGUGCCAUGUCAUAGCCCCGUCCACCCCUACAGUGCCCACACAGUAUUAGCGCGUUCCUUCUGCUGAUAAAGUUUACAGACUGUUGCAUGUUUCAUGUAUGCAUGCACGUGUAUUAAAGGGGGACUUUUUUUUAGAGGUAUUUUACAGAGUUGGGUUACUUACAGUAGCAGUAUUGGCAAAUGGGUGCCACCAUUUUGAAUAUGCGACCGAUGUAUAACAUCCUGCCGUAAAUUUAUAAUGGUGUUUCAGUCAGAAUUGGUUAAACAUGGAGGAAUCCUUAACCUAUUUUACUUUUGUCUGUGAUGCAGGGUUUGUCGAGCUUUUAUGACUUUUAACUGUCAUUAGCCACCUGUCGAAUAAAUCCUACUCCCCUGCCCCCCACCACCACUCCCUUCGGCUUUCUUCAGUGGUCUUUGGUCCCCAUCCUGUAAACUUCCAGAUGACAGGGGUCACGUGUGCCGCUGCAGCCGAUGAUUGGCCUUAGCAGCGACAUGUCCCCAAGCGGCACGUGACCCAGCAGUGAUGUGCUGCUUGAAGACCUGUCGCCAUUGACGCCAGGUAUUGGCUGCAGCAGCACACUUGACCCUGUGGUAUGGAAGUUUACAGGAUGGAGACCAAAGACCACUGAAGGGAGCUAAAAUGAAUUGGUGGGGGCAGGGGAGUAUGAUUUUAUUUUUUUCAACAGGUAUGGACAAAAAAAGUAAAAAAAAAAAAAAAUUAAGUUGAAUAAAGGGUACCUGUCAUGCUGAACAUGCAGUCCAGUCUGCAAGCAGUGUGUUAUAGAGGGGAAAAGGGGUCAGAUUGAUUCCUAGUUUUUUUUGUGUGUUUUUUACAGAAAAGGUUCUGUAAAAUUUGCCCUGGGCUUUUGGGUCCCAUUGGGUGAGCUCAGUGACUGACUGCGUUCUCAUGCGUGGGCAAAAAUGCUUUUAGGCUACUUUCACACUAGUGUUUUAGUUUUCCAGUAUUGAUAUCUGUCAUAGGGGCUCAAUACCGGA